GGCUCUUGGGUAUUUUAAGGCGCGAGCCACUAGGGUCGCCUGACUCCCAUCGCUCGGUGCUCCAUAUCUUGCUUUCACUGCUCUCGGCUUCCCGGGCGCCAUCAGCCAUGGGUCCCUGGCUCUACUUGGGGCGCGCCGCCCUGUUGCUGGUGCUCGUGGGAGUGUGCACGGUGCGCUCCGACACACCUGCCAACUGCACCUACCCUGACCUGCUGGGCACCUGGGUCUUCCAGGUGGGCCCCAGAGGUCCCCGAAGCGACCUUAACUGCUCGGUGAUGGAACCAACAGGAAAGAAUACAGAGGUCGUGGUACACCUUAAGAAGUUGGAUACGGCAUUUGAUGAAUUUGGCAAUUCUGGGCAUUUCACCCUCAUUUACAACCAAGGCUUCGAGAUUGUCCUGAAUGACUACAAGUGGUUUGCCUUUUUCAAGGAUGUCACUGAUUUUAUCAGUCAGUUGGUCAUGCAGCUGGGAACUGUGGGAAUAUAUGAUUUGCCACAUCUGAGGAACAAACUGGUUAUUAAAUAGAUCGUCUGUCUGUUGGGCGGCUCUUUAAAUACCACAGCCAAGAACAGACUUUGGUUUAAGAGGCAAACACCUGGAUCUACCUCUAGCAGCUAGCGGAGGCCAUGGCAGCUACAGUCCCUUCUGGAAUCUGUUUGCAUGUAACAUGCAGGGGAGUCCUGGUGACCUACCUCCAAAGCAGCUGCCAUCCUGAAUGUUUCCUUGGAAAACAGUAAUCACCACUGUGGAAUGUGAGCAACCAGAAACUGCACAGAAAGAAGGAAAAACCCGCAGAAGAGAUGAAGUCUCAGGGGGCUUCAGCGUUUAGCAUUUCCUUAAGUCUUAUUUCUUUCUUUCCUUAGAUGAAUACUGUCAUGCUAAAAAGGUUUCUCCAAACUCUACAGGAUUUGGGUUUUGGGUUUGUGGACCUCUUUUUUCCUGUUGUGUCAUGGUGAACAUUUUACUCCCAGUUAACUCACUCUUCCCGGGUGCCUUCACUUUCUCUAAUUUACCUUCAGGAACACCCAAGCCUACAGUAGAAGAAAAGAAGGCUUUGAGAUGACCUGAAAUGGGCAGAUGUUAGCUAUUGGAGGGAAGAUGGUUCCCGGGAAGCCACGUAGAAGGAGGAAAGAUGUUUUCUUAGCCAAAUAUGAAAAGGUGUAUCUUCUUGCAGACAGUGGUCCCCCACAGUGCCCCCAGCCAGAAAGAUGAUGAGAUCAAUGCCUUCCUUUUCUGUUGUUUUCCUCUUCUCUUUUCUUCUCUUUUUCUCCUCUGUUUCAUUUUUUAAAAUUAUGUGCUAGCUUUUUGCUAAGAAGUUGACUUACUGUAUAUCUGAAAGUCCUAUAAAACUGACGGGCCUCAUUUCCUUUCACGGAUAGCAGUUGGUUAGACUCUUAGAAAGUUUAAGCUCAUAGAGUUUCUGACUGUAAAAUGAUACUCUUAACCUUUCAAAUUUAAGGACUUCCCUGGGGCUAAAAAGUAAAAUAAAAGUGAUUUCACCAAAGUAAAUGGUAUUCAGAGCCCCAGUUGGGUAGUUUUUCUGGUGAAUUCCAGCACAAAAGCCUGGUGAAGGUUAGUUUUGUGGGGUGGAGUGUGUAUUGCUUUGCCUGUCACUGAGGUCUUGGGAGAGUGUUUUUCCAGUUUAGUCGGGAGCCCUCUCACUUUCUUGCUUUGAACCAGAGUUCUUUCACUAAGCAGGGAACAGUAACUUGUCUUUCCCCUUUGCAGCCCCACACACUGAGAAUCAGGCUUUUGAACUUAAGUGUAGAGCCCAGUGAAAUCCCUUGUGAAAUGGCCUUUCCUUAAUAACACUAUUGUUCAGCCUGAUUGCCGUCUUGCAGCUCUUUCCUGCUAAGUAGUGGAGUCAUUUCCUUCUCCCUAGGUUUAGAACUGACUUGGAAGAUGGAAAAGGUGCAUGUGUACAUAGCGCAUUUUAUCCACCCCACUCUUCUCCCAUGGCUCAGUUAGCUCCGAAGAUUUGUGAUCUCUGAGUCAUCCUGGCAGUUUUAUGCCAUGUCAGAUUUACUGGUUUGGUGAUUUUUUUUUUCUAAAUCCUACCUCUAGUUUCCACAGUCUUCAACAUCUAGACUGUGGUCGCCACUCCAUUAGUGGGAAAGAGGCCAUCAACAAUUCCCCAUGUCUUCUGCAGGUGCCUCUGGUGUGUACUUGUAAAGAAAUGGUCUGGUGUCUUUAUUCGCCAGGAUGCCCAUCCAUUUUUCUCUCUUUAUCUUCAGAACCUAAUGCAAAUAGAACUUUAUAAGCCUGACAAAGUAAACUACACUUUUCCUUCUGCAGACAUUUUACAAGUAAUGCUAGUCAACAACACGUCAGCUACUUUUCUAUUGCUCUUAAAACACCAUGACUAAGGAGACCUAUAAAAGAAAGUGUUCAAUUUGGCUUACCAUUUCAGAGGGCUAGAGUCCAUGGUGGUGAAGUGAUCACCUUUUGAUCCACAAACUCCUGUCAGAGAGAGCUAUCUGGGUAUUGUGGAAUUCUCUGAAACCUCAAAAUCCAUCUCUAGUGACACACCUUCUCCAACAGGGCCACAAGUCCUAAUCCCUCCCAAUCAGUUCCACCAAGUGGGGGACAAAGUAUUUAUGCCAAUGAGCCUAUGGGGGUGGGGGGAGGUAUCCUCAUUCAAACCAGCACACAACACAUCACUUUUCUUGGGUUCUGGAAACAUUGACCAGGGAUGGCGCUAUACCUUUAGUUCUCUGUUCUAGGAAAUAUUAUCAAGUUUCCAGCCUCCAAAACCCUCAAAAACUUAGAUAUUUUAAAGCUGGUUGUCAAGAUCUAUAAAUAUUGGUGGUUACACAUGUAGAUGCACUUGCUAUGGGAAAUCUUUUAUCUUUCUCUGUGUCGUUUGGUUUCUAAAUGUUCAUGGGAGCAAAUUGGUGGACACAAAAUUGUAGAUAUAUGCGCCAGAAGACUCCCGGUACACUAAUGCUUAGCAUUGUUUGUCAUAAUUGCCUGUUUGUCUUCCCUUCUGCUCUGUAAGAGAUGGGAUUAUUGACUCUGUAUUACAAAAUACUGUAUUCCCUGUAUGUCAAUCAAUAUGUGUCUAAUAGCAUGAAAAUAAUGGGCUUAAUAAAUGAUUUUGUAAGAAAGAA